AUGAAUAUUAUACUCUCACUUCCUAUCGAGCUUUUAAAUAAUGUAUUGUCGCGUUUGGACGAAGCAACUAUUUCUCGAUGUGCACUUGUUUGUAAAGCUUGGGAACUACCAGCGCGUAAAUUACAAUACACAACAUUGCAGUUGCAUGAUUGGAGAAUAUACUUGGCAAAGCAAAAUUUAGCAAAAAGAGAUGGCGAGCAAGCUGACUAUUUCAAAAACUGUGUUCACAUAAAAGAGCUGGUGAUAGCCGACGCAUGUGUCAACAAAUUUAGACGCCAUUCUAUUCGAGAUUAUAGAGGAUAUACCGUGAUUGAAAAAUGCUCAUUUACAAAAGAAGAGUUUCUCCAGCUUUUGGAGUACGCAUCUAAUGUAGAAAGAAUAAAUUUGUCUCAAACUCAAUUUUUUGAAAAUUACCUGACGUAUCUUCAUACGACAGACCUUACGAACACCUUGAGCCGUCUACAAAAUAUUUCGCUUACUACAAAUCGAGUUUUCACAAAGGAACUUCUUGACCUGUACUUUUCCGUCUGUUACAAGUAUCGCUCGAGUAUUACUGAAUUGAAAUUGGAACAUAGACAUAGAGUAACGGUAUUGAACUCUCAAAGUGACAAGACACUCACCUUUUUAAGUCAUUUCCCGGCCUUAACACACUUGCGUUUAAUCAACUUUUACGAUCCUAAAAUGGAAAUAUUUGAUCUCCACCAGGCUUGCUCCAAUUUAGCUUCAUUGGAAUUCACCAGCCAAAACGAUUUCCUUGAUAAGAUGCCAGACAAUUUCGAUCAUGACAAGUUUCAUAUGACAUUGAAAAAUCUACGUCUUUUCGUUCCAACCAUACCAAAGAACUAUCUCAUGCACACCUACACUCAACUUGACAGUUUACAUAUGGAGUCACUUAAGCUAAAUCUUUAUGACUGGGUAAAUGAAGUUGGCUUGGAUACGGCUUUAGAACUUGUAGCGCUACUUGGUACAAUUAGAGUCGUCACUCUUACUUUCUCGGACCAUAUUAUAAAAAAGAAGAAGGAAUUAACUAGUGCGUAUGGCUCGACUUUUAAUACCCCAAAAGGAUCAGUACAGACGGUCUUCUUCAACUUGCUUGCUGCGUUUAAAGGAAACCACGAACCAAUAUACUGCAGGGCUAAUUAUGAUUCAAAAAAGAAGGACAAUAGCAUGUCUAAGAAUUCAGACGCCAGUUUGAGUUAUAACUUUCACUUGAAUGAUUCCAAAGACUCCGGAUAUACCUGUCAAAGCUUACCAACUGCUAGUCGAUAUACAAAGGAAGCCGCUUUAUUUGAUAACACAUCAUUUGCAAUUCAACCCGACAUUGUGAACAGUUUAUCCAUUCGGUUAUAUGAAUAUAUCUUUCGUUUUAAAAGCACAUACAAGAACGAUGUGGACCAAAAUAUUAUGAUCAGCCCAAGUCUUAAUCCAGACGACUGGAAUAUGCCUAGUAAAAACGCGUUUGGAAAUAUAUCUGAUAAGAUGAAGGUGAUCCAAUGUGUCGACUAUGUACCUGAUAUGUAUGGAUUAUCGAAGAUUUUCCCAAAUAUUGAGUGCUGUGUUGUUGGUGCUUCGCCAUUGCCGCAAUCAGACGAUGCGAUCUAUGAUUCUGUAGAUGUUACACCAUUGGAAAACAUGAGAACACUCUAUUACCGUGUUAGAAGGAGAUUUCCGCUUUAUUAUUACACAAUGUAUGAACGGAUUACUGUAAAUUAUGACGACGGUGAUACAGCUCAUUUUUAUUUAAAAGAAGAUAGAUCGGUGCAAGAUCAUGAAUUCAUAGCUUAUAACCCAAAAGUUCGGUAUGAAUAUGGAUCAGAAAUAUCAGACUUUUUUGAAGAUUACCGAGAAGACGAAAGGAUCUUUAAGUCGUAUCUGACAAUCGAAUGUAGCAAGAACACCAAUAUCGUUUUCUUUUAUUCCUCAGAGGAUGCGCUUGUAGAGAUUGAAAAAGGCAAACUUUUAGAUUACUUUACGUGGAAUUACAAUGACUAUAAAAAUAGGGUUUUGAUGGCUCGCAAAAAGGACUCCCGUGUAUCACCACAAGGAGGUCAAAACACCAUGUUCUCAAUCUAUGAACGUUCUACCCCUUGGGGUUUCACUUAUUUAUUGACCAAUUCCGACUUACACGACGAGGGACCCAUUUCUUCCAAACUCAGGAGUGCACAACCGGCAAGUAGAAUGUUGCUUUCGAAUCACCAAAAGACAGCUCCUACUCUUAAGCUAGGGCACCUGAAAUAUGCUCCAAACGAACCAGCUUCUUUAAGCGAUGAAGUGUCUGUAGCGGACUAUGAAGACUGA